AUGAAUAGUUAUUCAUAUAACCAUAAGUGUAAUGUAAUAACACUAGUUGUUCACACGAUAGAUGCAGCGACCGAAAGAUUAUAUAUGUACACAGAGCUCAAAAAUAGCCCAACUGAAGAUAAAAAAACCAACUACAACAACUACAGAAACAAACUUGGAGUUUUAAUAGACGCGGCGAAGAGAAGCUACUACCAAAACGAGCUGGAAAUAACAGAUCUAAUCCAACUAAGUUGUGGAGGUCCCUGAACAAAUUGACAGGAGGCAACAAUCAAACCGGAAUACAUGAAAUAAAACUAGAUGACGACAAUAAAAGCUCGGACAGAAAACUGGUAGCAAAUAUGUUUGCCGAUUAUUAUGCACAUGUAGGUAUGGUGUGGGGAGCAGCGUGUAAGACACACAUGAAAAAUCUUGAGACAAUACAAAAGUACAUUCUAAAGGGCCAUCUGGGCAUAAUGGAGCUUGGGGCCUGCAAAUGAAGGAGCUCCAGGACACAGAAAAAUGUGGGGCACUACUUUCAUUUAGUCUUGGGCAUUGAGCAGAAAAGGGCGUCGAGUCUGGGACGCUGUCCGCGUACCUUUGUGCCGAUUGUGUAAAGACAAAAUAAUGAAUUUCAUGUAAUACGGGUUAAGUUUUUAUAACAGUGAAUAAUUAUAAGACAAUAAACACUUUGAUGUCCAAUGAUACCAUGAUUGAAACAUAUUAUUCUAGAACCCAUAAAAAAAUUAUGAUUUGAACAUUAUAAAAAGGCGGUGACACAUAUGUGAAAUUAUUAUUUCAACA